GAAGAGAAUUGUCUGUUUCCAGGAGAGUCCAUUUAUGGUAUCUUUGAUUGUGGUGCAUGUGUAAGAAUUGGGUAUUGCAUUAGUAAAAGCUAAGGAGAGUUGGGGUUUGUGUAUGGUAUAAAUAGAGAGCGACAAGUAUGGCGGACAGUUAUUUGGGACCCUCUCCACUUCUUAAGCCCUCUUCUUUAUAUACCUUUCCUUUCACUUUUUCCCCAUUUUCAGGUUCCCCCAGAUCUCUUUCUUUCUCCUUUAUGGCCUCUAAUUGCUCUUCUGCUCGUCACUGUAAUUGCUCCUCUACUAGUUCCUCCACUACCCAUCAACCUUCUAUUCUUGUUUUCUCAGGUGGAACUGCAUUUAAUGGUGUGGUUGAAGAGCUUAAGAAUCUAACUACACGUGUAGCUCAUGUGCUCCCUGUUUCUGAUGACGGAGGAAGUACAGCCGAAAUUGUUCGUGUUCUUGGUGGUCCUGCUGUUGGAGAUAUACGAUCAAGAUGUUUGAGAUUAUCCGACCAAAGCACGUCAGAGGCUCGUGCAGUCCGAAUAUUGCUUGGUCAUCGUUUACCUCUUGAUCCACGAAGAGCCAAAUCAGAAUGGUAUGAAAUUGUGGAGGGCAGCCAUAAACUUUGGCAAGAUGUCUCAAAACCGUAUAGGGAAACUAUAAGAGCUUUCUUGGCUUACUUCCAGGAUCAGAUUCUCCGGCGUUCAGAUGAGCGUUUCUGUUUCAGCAAUGGAAGUAUAGGGAACUUUUUCUUCGCUGGAGCACGCAUAUUCUUCCAGUCUCUAGAUGCAGCAAUCUUUUUGUUUUCACGGGUUUCAGAAAUUCCAGCAGAAAGUUUUGUUCUUCCCGUGAUAUCUACAAAUGAAAGGCUUACCCUGGGAUGUGAGUUAUCGGAUGGAACUGUCAUACGCGGACAAAAUGAAAUAUCUCAUCCAACCCAUGGAUCCAUGCAACCUAUAGACAAGGAUGCCUCUUCAGCCCCAGCACUUCCUUCUAGAAUAAAACGGAUAUUCUACAUGUCCAGUGAAGGAAGCAACUUAUUGCAUGAGGUCUUCCCCACUGUAAAUCCCACUGUCUUGGAACAGUUGAGAAGUGUUGACUGUAUCGUAUUUGGCAUGGGAUCCCUCUUUACUUCCAUCUGCCCUUCUCUGGUUUUACUUGGAGUGGGGGAAACCAUCUCUUCACAGUCUUGUCCCAAGGUACUUCUGUUGAAUGGUUCUCAUGAUCGAGAAACUAGUGGCCUUAGUGCUUCUUGCUUUGUGACUGCCAUUACCGAUGCCUUAAAUCGAACUUAUGGAGAUCCUCAUAAUUGUCUUAAAAAUCCUCCAAACAAAUAUGUCAACACCCUUCUGGUGCCGAAAAACGGCCAAAUACCUGUGGAUAUAGAAAGCUUGGCUUCUCAAGGAAUUUUCAAUGUGGUCACGGUGGAUUCCUUCCAUGAUUCAAAAGUGGGUGUGCUUUUUGAUCCCAAGUCACUGAUUCAAGCACUUUCCAAUCUGUUGACGGAUGAACGAGCCUGAAUGCCACUGUGCUCGUUAAACCUUAAUUUAUCAGAAAAUUCAGAGCUUGUGGCACAGUAGUGUUCUGAAGUUUCUCCCUUUUGCACAACUUGCAAUGGGUCUGAAGAGAAAUAGGCUGUUUGUGCGAACUUGUAGAUCGAUAAACAAUUCAAAGACCUCUGCAUUGAUUUCAACUCCAUGAAGUCCGAAGGAUGAGGGUAAGGCUUCCAUAGUUUCACGUUGGCAUUGGCUUAGAUCUUAUUCAGCUCUUACUGGGAAAGAAUAUCAUUGUUCACAAUUGAGCUGAAACACAUCUGAUGUUUCGUAUUUGGACAGAGGUACAGAUCAAUGAAAUUUUUGCCAACCACAGUUUGUUUGGAAUUGAAGCGUAAUUGCUGUUGUACAUAAUG